AUGGCGUCUCUUUUUGGAGCUUCCCCACUGUUGUGCCACUCGAUCGGCCGCUUGGGCGCCCAUCGGAGCACCUCCAAGAGAACUCACCUGGGCAAAGUCCGAUUCGUGGCCCCUUCUGGUUCUGCGCUGUGGCACAUUGUCUCCCAGGGCCGUUGCUCUUCGAGGCGGGAUGUUCGGGCUCAAGGAUCAGAGGUUAACGUGGGAGUUAUUGGCUGCAAGAGGUUGGAGAGGGGGAGUGAGAAGGUGCCGGAGGAUAAGGAGCAUAGGCUUCUUAAAGUCGGUAUCAUAUGCGGGGGCCCAUCGGCAGAACGUGGCAUCUCACUGAACUCCGCUCGCUCUGUUCUCGAUCACAUUCAAGUAAAUUUUUUUGUUUGGGUUUUUGUCAGCGUACUUUUUACAUGCGACGCCCGAAAAUUAGGACGCGAACUAUUCAGCACGUACAUGAACGGUUUCCUCUUGGUUCUUUUCCCUGCUUAUUGAAAACCUUGACUUAAAAGGCAUGGGAGCAGCUCGAUGCGAUAAAAUUACCUGAAUAAGUUUCUUCCCUAAACAAUGGAUAGCUAGUUGCUUGUUAGCGAAAGUGAUCGGAAAUCACAGUCGAUGAAGCGUGCAGAUGGUUGUAGAAGAUAACGUAUUUGGACGUGAUCUUAAGCCACACUGCUAAUAAUCUUCUUCUCCUUCCGUUUCAGUGCUACUGUGAGUCUGCUAGAAUCUGUCAGAUGGGUUGCAUUCGCCUGUACAAAACUCAAUUUUUAUAUUUUUUCUAAAACCGAGUAUCAUUUGUUGGUUCCAACUUCUUUGUCCCAGGUUGAUGGGCUAAAGCCUUUUGAUGUUUAAAACAUAUAAUUCAGAUUCCCAAAGGCUUCUUUUAGUACUCUCUAUGUGUGAUAGUGUUUCCUGAUAAUCAUUAUUUUCCUUUGGUAUGAAAUUUCUCAUCAAGCAUCUAUGGAGGGCGUUGAACCUGCCGUGGUUGUUCUCAACAUCGUUCUCAUGUGUCUGCAGGGAGAUGAUUUGCAUGUCAGCUGCUACUACAUUGACGGCAACCUCAACGCUUAUGCUUUAUCCCCUGCUCAGGUUGGUAUAAUGAUGCAAUGCUUGAUAUUUUCUAUGACGGGAAGAUGAAUCCGUACUCUAAAGACUAGGAAAUAUAAAUACGCUUAAUUUUGAAAGGAGAAAACUAACUGUAGUUAAAAUAUGGGAAUUGAAUCAUCAUCAUCGAGCAGGCCCUCUCGAUUCUGCAAAUAUAGCUUUAACUUUAUCACCGCAUCAUUUUGUUCUUUUUAAUGAGGCUACAUGACGAGUCUUAUCGGGAAUCAAGACCGUUGCUGAAGAAAGAGGCAUUGUACAAUGGGAAAAGGGGAAAGAAAUAUUUCUUCAAUAUCAAGAAACGUGUUCUUUUUGACCUUUUGUGCAUUAUAUUUGGCAACGGUUUAGAUUGUCAUUUCUCAUGUCAUCCGUGACAGACAUUAAUUAAAUUAUCUAGACCCCUAACUGCAGAAAACAUUUAUUUGACAUGGGCCGAAAAUGUCCAAUUGGUUCUUAUCUAACGUGUUGGCAAAUGAUUUCUGAAAUCUAAAGGACACUAUAUUGAAUUAUCAAGCGAUUAGAUAUAUGUUGGAGUGAAAUGUCUAGCAUUAAAUGUAAAGGUUGCAACCUUGGGCUUAGUGUAUUUUGCAUGAGUCGAAUAUAUCUAAUUCAUUUAUCGUCUAAUGUCUUAGGUAACGAUUGACGAGGUUUAAUUAUGGUGAAAUCAUUGAAUGCAUGUGGAUAAUAAUCAACAAGUAGAUACACAGCAAAAACAGGAUUCGUUUGGCAUAAAUGACGGUAGGAUUAAAUUCAUCCUUGUAGUGAAAAGAUGUAUGCAUUUUCUUUUCCGUUGUAUUUCUAAAAAUCAUAUGGGAGAAGUGUACUGGUAAGACAGACAUUCAAUGGCGACUUAUGGAAAUGGCUCUUGAAAAUUCCCUCGCUAAUCUGUUUCUCAAAAAUGCAAGUGAUCUUACUCUGCUAAUAUGGAUGGUCCAGGCAGAAAAAGAGAUGAUGAAAUAAGAAGUAAACUAUCUUCCAGUUGGCGUCAGCACAAAUGCUUAAUUAUUGUGCUAUCUGGUAGCUGAUUAUUUUAAUGUUGAUUGCUUUUCCGCAAAACAAGCUGGUUUUUUAAUGCCUUCACUUCAUCCUUAUCUUUUAAGAAAGUACUUUCCCACCUUAAACUUCCUCUCCAUCUAAAAAUUGACAUUCUUUUUGUCAUUUGUUGUACACGGAAAUACUUUUCUUACUAUUUUUUUUUUCUUGCAUACGGAACUGCAUCUUAAGGUACGUAAUUUGCUUAAUUUUUGUUUCGUGUGCUGUGAGCAUUGCCACCCAACUUUUUAGAUUUACAACAUGCGGAAAAAUGUCACAUGGGCAUGUUUUUUCCCUCAUUUUCCUGUUCUGGGUUUGACUGGAUUGGAUACAUCUAUAUUUAAAACCUUAAACAGUGUAAAACUGUUUCUUAUAGAUACUGAAAAGCAUUCAUCUUUAAAAACUUUUUCUGUCUUCACAGUUGUACUGUAAUACUCCAGCUGAUUUUGACUUCAAAUUAGACAGGUUAGCUAAUUAUUUCAUUAAUAAUUUAUAUUUCCCCAUUUAAAAGUAUUUCACGUGGCUUAUGCUUUAUUUUACUGCAGCCUUGCACAAGGUUUUGGAUCUUUGCCAGAGUUUGCCGAACACCUUUCUCAUUCCAUAGACAUAGCAUUCCCUGUCAUACAUGGCCGGUUUGGGGAAGAUGGUGGCAUCCAGGUUUGUCCUGAGAAGUAUCAUGAAAGUUUGGGAUUCCUUAUCUUCUGCAGGUUCCAACAUGCAUUGCUCCAGAAGUUCAGAUUAUUAUCUCAAGAUUUUAUGUUUAUUUUUUUUAACAUGUAUAAACUCAGGAGCUGCUAGAAAGUCUGAACAUUCCAUUUAUUGGCACGUGCUCAAAGGAAUGUCGUAAAGCUUUUGACAAGGUACGAUUGGUGCAGUGGUCAUUGCUUCUGCUACUAGUAUUCACAAGGAGUUUGUCCAAGUUUUUUCAAAGUUAAUUUCCUGAGUAGAAAAUACUUGCAUUAAUAUUUUGCGUAACACUAGAAAUUAAUCUUCUUUGAGUCAUUCGUCAGUAAUCAAUCCUGCACACCAUCUGGUUUUCUUGGUACUAAGUUACUGCUUUCUUGAUUGGUGACGAUAAUACAUGAACACGACCACUAGUGUCUUCUAGUAUUUUCUUGUGUAUUUUAAAUCCAACGUGACAUUUGGAGAGGCUUAACUUGGGGGAUGAUAUCGAGGGUGUUGGGGAUGGGACAUGAACGCCAGUGGAAUGUCUUCCUUUAGAAGGAAAGAUGACUUUUCCUCGUUCACAGGGAAUUUCCGAUCCCUUCUUCUUGGGAGAUAAGUUUAAUUGAGUUUUUUAGAUCGUACUUGCUCUAGAAAAAGUUACAUAUGCUUGUGGAAUUUUUUUUCCUUCUCUCUUUGCCAACAAUUCGAUUUCAUUGACCAUCUUUUGAUAAAAGAUUGAAAUGGCAUGUACCCAUCAAAUUUCCUCGUGGGACUUUUGGCAAAUGCUCUGCUUAACAUCUGUAGAAUGAGCAAACCUUAUGCUGUCUUAUAGCAUGGUGACAUAUCACAUCACUUGAAAAAAGGAGAAAGGCGAAAUGUUUUUGACCAAGUGACCUUGAAAACGCAAUAACAUGGACUACAAAUGUUUAAAGGCCUAAAAUAAGAUUAAGCCCAAAUAAAACUGUGAGGAAAACGCAUUAGAUUUGUAGGUUUCAGGUUUCCCUCUUUUAUAUGCUUAAUCCUUUUUAUUGUCAAUUGUUUCGAUUUUAAAGGACAGUUAGAACAGAUCUUGGCCUAUUUAAAAGCCUGAACACUGUAACCUGAGGAAGAUGGCUUGAUAUGAUCAUGUAGCUGUGGUGAAUUAUUACGAAUUUUCGUCCUCUUUGUGAGAUCUCUGAGUGCUUGUGGAUUCAAGCAACCCUUGUGGACUCAAGGGCCAUUUUUCUGAUCUUAAUGGAUUCAAGGAUCAUCCAAAUCGAUCCUUGUUGAUUCAGGGAUUGGUAAAAUUGGUGCUUGUGGAUUCAAGGCCCAAUUUCCAUUCUUUCCUACUCCAAAUUUCAUGCCUUGUGGAUUCAAGGCCUAAAAUUCUAUUUUUCACAACUUUCUCUAUAUCACAUGGUAACACAUUGCUAGGCAAUUCCAAUCCAUGGACCAAUUUGGAUUGCGAUUGGAUUUUUAAAAUCUAAUUUAGUGGUGAAUCAAGAUGUUGAUUUAAUGUUACAUAUAAAAGAAUUGACCAAGAAAAAAAUAUGCUGAUUCUAUCGUACACGAUUUUUCCAAUCAUGCUUGAUAGAGAAUUUAGAUCAAUCUUGACAAGAGUCUUGAAAACAUGGAGUUGCUGCAGUCUUAUAUGAAGUUCAAAAUGCUUAUACUAAUGAAGAGAUGGAUUGUAUUAAAAACCCUGUAAUUAGGAGCUAGUUUAUGUUGGCCAGUUUCCUAGUUGAGAGGAGUUGUGUAGUUUGUUCGUUUUCUAGUUUGUCAGUUUCCUAGUUUGUUCAGUUUCUAGUUUCUUGGUUUCCUAGUUGGUUAGUUUCCUUAACCUAGGAAGUUUCUUGUUUUCAUGGCUAGGGUAGUUGUAUAUGUAGAAAAUCAAAGUAACAUGGAGAAUAACCUCUGUCACAGAGGACAAAGGGGAGAAGGGCGGAUAAUCAUCUCAAUUUCCAUUCACCUCUAACACCCUUCCUUGAUAUAAGAAGGAACCUUAGACAACUGUCCCAAAAUACCCUCAACCUUUUACAUUAUUUCGUUACAACCUAGAACUUUCAACAUCCCCCCUUCAAGAUGAACUUUGGAAAAGUUCAUCUUAACUAAGUCGUUGAUGAGCAUUCACUUGUUGAAAAGCAAACUUGUAACGACGACAAUUUAUUAUUGCAGCAACUCCCCCUGUGACAAUGUCGAAAAGCUCCUCUUCUGUUGGGUUGUGACGUUGUAGGGCUGCUUCAUAGGACAAUGGUGCCUUCUGAUGUUGGAUUACAUGAGAUUUUACAAGAUCACAUCGAAUGGCGUGAGAUGACCUUGGCACAUGGCAUGGACAGUAAUAGUGUGGACUGUGGGAGACUCUUGUAGCCAACUAGGGAGGACGUUAGACUAAUGUAGAACAGAGGAAGUUGAAUUGAGGAGGACGGAGGACAACACUGGAUUAAGACAACAUUUGAUAGAUGACUACAUAGAAAUGACGUUAGAAAGAUACUUGAUGGAGGCAGAAAACCUUGCCAGAAGAAGCAUGGCAAAGGUAGAAACCUUUGUCAGAAAGAUACUCAGCAGAAGUAGAAUUUUUUGCUGGAAAAAUACUCAACAUAGGUAGAAACGCUCACUGGAAAGAUACUUGGCAGAGGGGAAGACCUCACCAAAAAACAACAUGAUGCCAUUACCUUCGACAAAUGGCGGCAAAGGAUGUUGACGAUGAUGGCAAUGGUGGGGACGGCACUUCCCCAGACAAGGGAUGUUGGACAUAGCUAACACCAAAGAGAGGCAGCGAUGAUGGAGGCGGCUGCUAACAAGAGAUGCUAGAUACCGCCGGACACUGGUGAUGGCAGUGAUGACACUCCCUUAAACAGGAUAUGUCGGAGGAAGCUGAUAGGAGACACCAAAUACUGCAAGAUGCUGGUGGUGGCAGCGACAGCAUUCCUUCAAACAAGAGGUGCUGGACAAAGGCAUUGGCAGUGUCAGCGACAGCAGUAGUUGUGGUGGCACAAGGGUUUACCUAGACUCUGAUACCAUGUAGAAAAUUGAAGGAAUAGGGAGAAUAACCUCUGUCAUGGAGGAUAGAGGGGUGAACGACGAACAACUUCCUCAAUUUUCAUUCACCUUUAACACCCUUUAUAUAGGGAGGAAUCCCAGACAAUUGUCCCAGAAUACCCUCAACUUUUUACAUUAUUUCCUUAUAACUAGAACUUCCAACAGUCUAUAACUAGCAAUUGUAGAAAAUAUUUUUCCUGACUGCUUAUCUUAGUAUGAUUCGUCUCUGUGAUAUUUUAGUCAAACCCAUUUUUUAAAAUAUUAUUUGUGACGUUUGCGAUUUAUGAAUAUAUUCUAGAUAUUUCUCAGUUGUUUUAAUUUUCCUUUUUCGAUUUAACUUUUAUUCAUAUUAACAUCUAGAAUUUAUUUUCUUCUCCCCAUGGACGAAGCUGAUUGUGAUUGCUUUGUUUUGCCUGAAACAAAUGUAGUACAACGCAUCUCAAGAGCUUAAAAGACAGGGUUUUGUGACAGUACCGAAUUUCUUGGUUGAGGUAAGAUAUCAAAGGUUGUACAACUAUUUUCAUUUCUUCUGCUUUACUUAUUCUUUGUUAUAUUCCCCUUGUUUUUUUUCAUUUUUUUGGUGCUGUCAUUUUUUUUAAAGGCGUGUAGCCUCUAUUUUCUGUGAACUGUGGUUUGAUUCCCAAUGGAAGCUAUGUUUUUCUGCAUUGUUUUUCUUUUCAUGUCCAGAGGUGUUUGAUAAAUCACAUGGCUGGAAAGUUAUGAAAAAGCAUAUUUCUCAGUUCCGUGAAAUGGGCUCGUAAUUGAAUUAUGAAUAUGAUACCACUCUUUACGAUUAUUUGUUAAGGCAGGUAUUGAAGGUAUUAUCGAAAUUUAUUGCUUUCUGCUUUUUGGGAUACCAUGAGUGUUCUGAGGCAUUGUUUUUGCUCGGCCACCUUUUCAUACCAGCUCUGCACUUAAAAGUGUAGUAGGGGGAGGUGGGAGAUUGAAUGAUCUUUUUUCCAACUUCCUAUUAGCUCUUUUGUGCCAGUGGUGACAUUGAUGAGUGUGUGGGGAGGGGAGGGGAGGGGAGGGGAGGGGAGGGGAGGCAGAGACUCCCUAAACUAAAACAAUUGAGGCUAUCAUCCCUUGAUCAAGCACUAGAAGUGUUGUUAACCAAUUUUAGGUCAAUGAACCCAUUUUGAGGCUAAUUUCUUGCAUGCUCCUUUUUCCCUAUCUUCGACUCGAUUGGCCCAAGAUCGCAAGCUUUGACUCAAAUCAUCCAGUUUAAGACUGCUUUUUAUGGCAUUUCAUGCAGACCUAUUUCGAAUUUUACAGGCAAGCAUACUUCCUUCACCUCAUGUCGGAUGGAGAAAUGACUACAAUUGAUUAACUUAUAGUUUUUUUCCUAUGUGUAAUAUCCUGCAUGCGAUAGAGUAUGCCACAUACAUUUUUCUUGGAAUUUUAAUUAAGAUUAACGACUGCAGAGAACUAUCAUAGCCAAGGGAAUGAGAACCUAGUAAUUGAACACCAGUGGGAAUGGGAGAUCUGGUGUCACACUCUUGAUCUGUUCUCUGUCAUCAUUCUACUUCCUGCAUUGCUGGAUUACCUUGUACACUUAGGGAUUUCGUCCCAUUCCUAAUGUAAUUCUUAUCUCAUUUUUCUCAUUUAUGUUGUCAGUUAUUUUUCACAGCUUUCCCUUUCUCCUCUGUAUAUUUCUCUCAUUCAUUAAGACGCUUACUCUCUUUCAUACACGCGUGAAGUGUCAGAACCCCAGGAGGCUGCAUUGUGGUUUAAUAAAUUGGAACAUUUUGUCUUAUGAGAAAGCUCAAGGUUUUGAAUUUCAUAUUGGGCUGGCCAAUUAGUAUCAUGCAGAUUAUGAAGUGGAUGUGAUUGAAGGGGAAGGGACUAGAGAGUUCCCUGAAUAGCAGAAGGUGUGAGAUAAUUCUUUCAAAGAACCAGUCAUCUACUAAAUGAACAUUGGUAGUAUGGACCAUGAUAUAAGAUCAGAUUCAUGAAUGCCACUUAUGUCCUCCACCAGUAAAUGGCUUCAUGUAGAUCUGGUGAUGAAGUCGGAGAUUAUUUUUAUUCCACUUUAUUUCUCUGUGAACAUUUUACUCCCUGAAGUUUAUGUCAUUUGCACUUUCAGGGAAGCACACAAGACACAUUGGAACUGCUGCAGUGGUUCACUGGCAACAAGUUAGAUAAAAACACUGGAAAAGUGGUGGUAAGGGAUGCUUUUUUUUUCAUUCAAUCAUGUAUUGUAUCAUGUCACAUGAUACAGAUCCAAGUGUCCUGUUGCUUAUGGAUCGAUACAUGUAUAAUCAUGUAAUGGGUUUUGAAGGUUAAGCCAAUUGUAGCAGGAUCGAGCAUAGGAGUGACUGUUGCUUAUGGGGCUGAUGAUGCCAUGAGAAAAGCUUCUAGAAUAAUUUCAGAGGUCUAUUAAUUUCAUUGAGUUUUGAAAUAUUUUAAUUCAAGAAUUGUAGCUUCCUACUGAAGUAGUCUGAAAUGAAAGCAGGGGAUUGACGAUAAAGUCCUUAUUGAGGUUUUUCUUGAAGGAGGAAGUGAAUUUACAGCUAUAGUCAUUGACAUUGGAUCAGGGUCUGAUUGCCAUCCUGUUGUUCUCCUCCCAACAGAGGUAAAUUUUCUUAUUAGUUUAAUUUGUUUUCUUCCUGGAAUUGAGGCGAUGUCAUCUUUUAUCAGUGCCUCACCAGAAUAGAAAUCACGUAGUGUUGGAUUUUUCUUCCAUUCAUCAUCUUUCCAAGCAUCAAAAAGUCUACUUAUCAUCAUCUUUGCAUAUGGCAUUGACUUUUUUACUACAUGAGUCACAGUCUGAGUUGCGAGCAUAAUUCAAGUCGGAAGGAAUACCCACUUCCUGCUUAUGUAACGUUGAAAAAGGAAGAAUGAUAAAUGGGAUGAGAACUAUUUUUCAACAUGACGCGGAAUUAUUGAGGUCACUAAGAAAACUGGGAAUACAAUUCAUAACUUGUAUCAUGGGGUCUGUACCUUUUCGCUAUUAUAUAUAUCAUUCUCUUGGGGGUACGACAUUUUCCGGUACUCUAGUUAAAUAUCUUGAGAGACUAACCUUAUUCUUGUGUAAUAUGGUCUUCCUUUGAGUUUUUAGUCAUCCGUCUCUAUUGUUCAUAUUGUAUGACAGCUAUAUGACACAUAUACUGUUUUUCUUCGUGGUGCUAAAAUUCAUACAUGUUGGUUUAUAGUCGAGUUGAACCAUGGUUUCUGGGAUGCCUAUUCUAUCUAGCCUUCUUAUGAUUUGACUUUCAUGAGAAUGGUUAGACUUGGGGGGAAUACAAUGAGGAUUCCUUGAAAAAAAUGUAAAUGGAAAACUGGCCAUCAAAUGGUCGAUCUUGAUUGAUCUUCACUGGUGGCUGAAUCUGGAAACUCCAUUUGUGUUGAUAACUGCACCAAUUAUCUUCCUUUUCUGUCUUCUAAUAAUGUUUUCCAUCAUUUUUAUAUAUUUUUAGGACAUUAUCUUUCUACAAAAUAAAUCUGGUGGAUCUCAAUUUCGGAUCCUGGUAUAUUCUCCCGUACAAAUUAUUUUGCCAAAAAUCAUCCUGUUGUACCGGGGUGUAAAUGGGACCCCACAUCUCAAAAUGUACUAUCUUUCACUUCCCUUCUUCAGGGUUAGAAAUUUAAUAACUCGUCUCAUUAUCCUCAACAUCUCCUUUCAAGGAUAUGCUCAAUCGUCAGCUGAAUCUAUUACUAAAUCUAUUUCGUUUGUAGAGUAAUGAAAAUCCUGGAAAUUAAUAAUUAAUGAAUCUUCUACUUUUUAAAAACCAAAAAUCAAAAUAAUUGCUUCCUACUCGAGGUCCUGUUAUACUGAACUAGAUGGCUUACUAAGGUUACCUCUGAUUACAUAGCUUAUUAUUGUGGGAAAGAACAUAUAAUUAGUUCGCUUCUUAGUUGGACCAUUAACUAAUUUGUUGGUUCGUUUCCUAGUUGUUGGAGAGUUUCCUUGUUUUGUGGUCUUGGUUCUUGUAUAUAACAGUCACCUAUGAUGUGAAUACGAGUCGAGUUUUUCCUGUGCUAUUUGAUUAGUCUCCUUGGCGUUGCAUCACUGUUCACAACUAUUAUGACUUACUGAAGUUCAAGAUUCUUUCAUAAAGAAAGUACCAGAGCUUUCAGCUUGUUAGAUGGAUUCUUCAGAAGUUCACUUAAAAUAAUAGUAAUAACUUUCAAGGGAAUUAACCAAUCAUUUUAUGAUAGUAAUAUAGCUUUCCACAAGGAUAGAGAAGAUCCCAAAAGAUGAAGCCAUGUACACUUCUAUUUCAUUUCCAGAUGUCUAUUAGUGGCGGUUUACUGGUUUUUCUUCCCUUUUUCGCUGAUAGGUGGAGCUUCAAUGCCAUGACAAAAGCAGCACCGAGGAAGAUGAAAUAUUUGACUACCGAAGGAAAUAUCUUCCAACGCAGCAGGUAUAUUGGAAAAGCUUUCGUGUUGUGUCAUUUUUUAAAAACAUUUCUUGGUGUUGUGUUGUAUGUUCUACAUAGACUAUUUCCACGUUUCAGUCAACGAUGUAAUAUUAUCUUUUUUUCAACCAACCCAAACACUCUUACACCUGAAUCUUUUGUUCUUUAUUUAUUUCAAUUUUUGUCAGGUUGCUUACCACACUCCACCACGCUUCUCUGAAGAGAUCAUUCACUGCAUACGGAAAGGCGCUGAAUUAUUAUUUAAGUCCCUUGGCUUACGUGAUUUUGCGAGAAUUGAUGGUUGGUUUUUGCCUUCUCCACCUCCUAUGUUGCACACCAACGAAAAUACUAAGUUCGGACACACUGGAUCUGGUACAGUCGUUUACACUGACAUAAACCUGGUAUACAAAGACUUUCGUAACCCCUGGUUCUUGUUCAUCUUCAUGUCCACUUCUCUUUUUGUUCCCCAAUGCUUAUGAUAUCAUCUUUACAUCAUCGUUUCUCCCUCUAUAUUUGAGCCAGAUUAGUGGCAUGGAGCAAACCAGUUUUCUUUUUCAGCAAGCUUCUAAGGUAAAUUAUUUAUACUUGAAUCUAAUAUCUUUCACCGUUUCUCAGAAGAAACUGAUUUAAGUCGUUUCCCCAUAAAUUGAAAUUCUACAAUAUUGUUUACUUUAUCUUGACGAAACAUGGAAAUCGAUGAAAAAUAUGGGCACUAUUAACAGCGAGUUGUAGAUUUAUGAUCAAUUAGAGUCAUGAAAUGUGUCAUCAUGCCAUGACUGGUAAAAAAUAACUAAAACAGUCAUCUGUACCUUCCAAAUAUUACUUUCACCUAAUUAAACCUAAACAGAUUCAUUAAUUAUACCUUAUCUUUUCUAAAGGUCAUACCUAAUUGAACUCUUGGUUUCCAUGCUAUCUUGUCCUUUCCCCUUACCUCAUGACCUUGUUCAGUUUCAAAUCAAUGGUACGUUUUCCAUUGACCACAGUGGCCCUAAACAUCCUUGACUAUCUGAGCUUCCCUGUCAGUGUACUAGUCGUUCCCGAUUUGGUUGAUUUUCGUGAUUUUUGUAUCAAUGCAUGAUAUGGACUCUGUAGUAUUCAAAUUGAUAUUUUGAAGCUAAUCAUAAGAAAUAAAAUCUAUAUUUUAUCUUUAUCACCUGGGCAAUAUUUCUUUUGAACACAUUUUGUAAUCUUGCCAACGUUGCAAGAAAUCACAACCAAAUGAUCAAUUUUUUGGCGUAAAAAAUUAUGUUUUGAGCACUUCUUCGAGCCUCUUCCUUUGAAAGUUAUAUAAAUUCGUACUGGUUGUCUUGCUGCCUAGGCAUUGUCUCAUUGUGAGUGCCAUCGAUGAAUGAUCAUUUUUAUAACAAUGUUUCUCAACUUUUUUUACGUUCUUUAAACUAAUGCAUAAACUGGUAUUCUAUAAAUUAAGUGACUAGGGUUGUCACUUUAAAAAAAAUGACUGGGAUCGGAGAGGCUACUGCCAGAAGCGACUGUAGCAACUUUCUUAUUAGAUAUUUGGAAGCAUUUGGAGCCAGUAUUGGAGUAACAUUGGUGGUUAAUUCGGUAAUUAGAUCAUUGGUGAUAGGAAUGAGGUUCACAAAUCAUUUGCCAGAUUUUCCACAUGUUGAAAGAAGAAGACAAAAGUGAGCAUAUUUAUCAAGGGAGCUUUACCUCAUGAUCUUAGACGUUCUUCAAGAAGUUCUACAUAAUACCAAUCUUUCGCAAUACUUCCAAGUAAUUUCAUGCCCCGGGAGAUUCUCCUUAUGAUACUACUCCUUUCACCAGCUUUCUACACGUGUGAGAACAUUUAUCUCUGCUUUAAUAGUGGAUUUGAUGUCUUUUAAUCCUAUAAACAGUUUUCCCCUCCAUGUGCUCCUAUUUGGAUAUGUUUUUAAUAUCAUUGGUUUCAAUGCCUUUUGGGUUGCCAUCUUUCUUGACAUUCACUGCUUUGAUCCCGGAACAAAGAAUUAUGCUAUUUGAUUGUGUCCAUCUACAAGUAUUCUGACUUUAUUGUUCGAAUUUCCUUCAUGAUUUUAAUUACUGUUAAAUUUUUAUCCUCCUGAUGAAGCAAUAUUGAUUACCUGCAUUGAUUGUAAUGUUCUUGACGUUACUUGAUUCCUAUGAUAUAAAUGUGUCGACUAAGAAUAUUAUACAUUUUAAUUUGAGAUUAGCAUGUAUUGUAACUUCUAUAAAGUCACUAAUAUUUCUGUAAUUUUAUGAUAUUAAGCUACUUCCGCAAUUUUCCGUGAAUUGUUACCGUUUUCUUGAAAAUUAUGCCAUUUCUACUCUUUUCCGUUAACUUUGGAGAUAUUUCCUUAAAUUAGAGGUUCUUAUGUACCUUCCCAUCGAAUUGGGAGUUGUUUCCGUAAAUUUAUUUCGUAAUAAUGUCCACGAAGAUAAUUUUCAAUUUGGAUGCUGCUGCAAAUAUUUUUAUGGUUAUGAUGCGUAAUGAACUGCAGUUAAAUUAUAAGCUUCUGCAACUUUCUUCCAUGAAGCUUUUGACUUUGUUCAUCAACCACGUAUUUUUUUCCAUCUUUACAACUGUUGUGUGGAAUUGUAGAGCAUCACAAGAAAGUUACCAUUAUCAAUAGUCAUUUGUGAGUUAUUCUUCAUCUGAUUGCACCAAGUAUAUCAUCUUCUCAGGUUGGGUUCUCUCAUGCAAACAUUCUCCGGACUAUAAUCCAGCGUGCAUGCCUGCGGUUUCCUUCUCUUUCAUUUCGCAGAAAUAUUUUGAAUGUAUCAUCUGGAAGACGAAGUUCUUUGUUGAAGAAUAAGAUCAUCUCAAAGUCCACAGGCGUGCAAAAGGUUUUUGUCUUAUUUGGAGGAGAAACUUCAGAGCGUCAAGUAUCUCUGAUGAGUGGAACAAAUGUGUGGCUUAACUUACAAUCCUUUGAUGAUGUAAUCAAUUUUAACUCAUGUUGGUCCUACAGCAUAUUUUUAUUCAAUAUUCUAUGCUUUGUAUUCCUGUAUCUUUGCUUCUGAGGAUUCCAAUGAUAUGCUUAGAGUUAUUUUUUCUCCUGAAAUUUUUACCACACUGUGGAUGAUUAUCUCAGAUGUCACCUUUUAAAAUUGAUUGGUUAGUAUGGAAUUCAGUUAAGCAUAUGUAUAGGUUAGACCUUAAUCUAGAUAGACUUCCAUGAAGCUUUUCACAAAGCGGAGCUGAGACUUGUGUCUUUCAGGUUGGCAGGAAAUGUUUUACAUUAACACCAUACCGACCUAAAACUAAUGAAGACACCUGGUGGCGGCACCAUAUGUAAAUUAAUCCCCUUGAGAUCCUGUUAGAUUCCUGAAAGAUAAAUGCCCCUCACAAAAUGGGAUCUUCCAUGCUUCAGAGAAAUACGCGUCAUAGUUGAUUUUUAUGGGCAUUCUUGUUAUUUAGCAUCCCCUUGAGGUCACUUUGUUGGGAUUCCCUUUUUUCUGGUAAGUUCAAGUAGAUAGACUAAAUAAUGAUGAUUCAGAUGUUGUCUGUUAUAAUGAAUGUUAGGUUUAUACCUUCCUUUUGAUCGUGCAGCUUCAUGAGCUUGAUAACCAAAUAUAUCCGAAGAAUUCUUUCGAUGGACUUUAUGUGGUUAAUGCAAUGGAAUGAAUGUCUCUCUUAGUGAUGUACUCCAUUUAUUCCGUUCUUUUUGCUAGUGGUAUUUAUUAGCAUAUCUUUCUUCCGAAUGUUGUGUUAGCAUGUCCCAAUAUCUAGAAUAAAAUCACGUCCAACUAUGGUGGUGAGAGUGUCAAACACAUCAUGAUUUACUGCCCUGGUGACCAUUAUUUUUCUGCUUGUUCGUUGUUCCCUUUUUAUUGUUAAUUCACUUUAUUAAGUUCUCUAAAUUUCAGCUUGAUGUCACCCCAUGUUUGCUUGCUCCAGCGAAUGGAUAUUUUUGUAAAGGUGACAAAAAUGAAGUAAAUAACUCAAUUCCCAUGGUCGUUUGGUCUUUACCGUAAGUGUCAUUUCACAUCUUCAAUCACCGAUUACUUUCUUCAGUUCAUUCACUCAUAGUUAUGUUUUUCUUUUUCUUCUCCUAUUAUAAUACAUUUAUAAUUCCUUUUUUGCAUAUCGCGUGAAGUUUAUUUGUAUUUCACUAGCUGAAUUAAAAAAAAUUAAAUUGAAGCUUUGGGUACUGGAUUGCACCACAUAAAACUAUAAAUCAUAUAUAAUGAAAAAGGUAGGGCUACAACAUUUCAAUCCAUAUUGUCUCAAAGUUUCCUCAAUGAAGAAACUGGGUAACUUGUUUUCCUAUUUUAGCAAGCGGUCUGCAUCAUGAAAGAUCAGUACCUUAUGAUUAUAGGUAGGCAAUCAAUGUUCUGACAUGUUCUAUAGAUUUUCCUUUUUUCAGGCUUUACAUUAUUGAGAAUUGUGUAAGAAACUAUAGAUAUGGCUUCUUUUCUCUUCAAAUAUUUGAUUGUGUAUAUCUUAUAAUCAUUUGGGUUGCCACUUGUAACCAGACCCAUUUUUUGUUGUAGCAGUUAUUCUAUUGUUCUACGUCAUACGACAGAAGAAGUGUUUGCUGCUUGUCUUGAAGCAAUUGAACCAGCUAGGGCUGCAUUUGGAUCCCGUUUACGUGGCCAAGUGAUGUCUGAACUUGAGGAAGGUCUAAAGAAACAUGGCUGGUUUUCAGGCUUUGACAUAUAUGAUGAUCUUCCCAAGAAAGUUCCACUGGAUGAAUGGAUUAGACAAGUGAAGGAUGCUGAUGCAGUUGUGUUUAUUGCAGGUUAAGAUCCUCAAUCAGUUGCAUUUAUCUAAUGGACACAGUGACAAAAUUGUUUACCUAAUGGACAUACCUGCUAAUAGUGAAUGGUCAUAAAUGUGAUCAAGUUUAUGGAUCCGAAUAAUAUCAUCUUGAUAUGUCGUUCGUGGUAAAACAAGUUUGUCAUUAUUAUUGUGCAUCUAGAUCUUCAAAGGGCACAUAAAUAAAAUAUACUUCAGAAAUUUUGUAAAUUGGUAUUACGUGUCCUGUUUUAGUGUUUUUGGCAGCACCAAAGCUAGUUGCUGCUCAAAGAUAGUCUUUGACAUCUGUGGUUAACAAUAUUUUGCUUUAUAGUUGUCAUCGGAUGGGAUUCUCUUAUCAACCUUUGCUUCAGCACGGUGCGAUAUUUAUGCUGGUAUCCAACCUAUUUGGUCUUGGAUUUGUUGUAUCCGAUCUGAUUCUUGAGGGAGCUUUGAGCCGUACCUGGCCAGCCACUGAAUUGGGAAAUCCAAUGUGAUCCAGAUAGGGAUCACGAUCCUAAUUUUGAUCAUCAAAGGCCAAUGAGGCCAUCAAAUCUGGAUGAAUUUUUUUAGGAGAAGACAUGCAUCAAACUUGCAUUAAUAAAACAUCAGAUUUUAGCUAUCUUUUGAAUCCAUUUGAAAUAAAUGGAGAACUAUCUAUUUUGAGAGGUUUUGAUUAUGUUUUCAUUCAGUGUCUCUCUCCAACUUUCUCAUAUUAACAUUCGGGUAUAAUUAUGUUUCUUUUUAAAUAGUUGCUUAUAAUUCUGUGCUUCUUUCUGUAUUCUUUUCUAUUUGAAUUUGGUUACUACAGUUCAUGGUGGCAUUGGUGAGAAUGGGAGGCUUCAGUCUGUGUUAGAAUCUUCAGGAGUUCCAUAUACUGGUAAAAUGGCUUUUGUUCAGUUUUCAUGAGGAAAUAUAUUUCAUCGGUUGCAUGACACGCUUUUCUUUUUUAUGCAGGUCCUGGGCCCAUGGCUUCGAAAACAUGUAUUGAUAAAGUGGCAACAUCACUGUCUCUCGAGCAUGUAUGUUGAGCGCCAUAAUCGUCAAUUAUUUAGAUUUUUACUUUGAAUCGAACCUGUGAUUUUUUGCAAUGUACUAGCCUCUGAUCAAAUGUUUGUACCGUCAUAUUUUCAGAAUCUUCUUGGUUUUGAACUGUAAAGCCUAGUUCAUCAAUUUUGGAUGGACGUUGUUUCGGACUAACUUUUUUCAAUGACAAAAUAUUUCUGUUUUGGACUAGUAUUUUAUUUUCUAUAUUGGAUCUAAGUUUUUUAUAUGGAUAAUGUUGAAAACUUUAAAUUAGUUAUUUUACCUGAAGACCUUUGAUCAAGAAGACUGCUUCAUCUUAGUCCAGAUUGUAGCUUCCUUUGUAGACUUUUUUGAGAGAAUACGGAAAGAACAUUGUGCACCAUAUUCUUCCUUUUUAAAAAAUUUAAUGUAUUUUCUGUUGCGUGCACCUCCAAGAAAAACUUUGCUGCUUCAGUUGGUGUAAAUCUAAAACAUUAGGAAGAAAUACAAUCGCUUGUUGAAUUGGUUCAUUCAGCACUAAUCGCGUCUCCUGUGAUUAGAGUAAUCUGACUCCAUGGAGGAAAUGCAAUUCUAGUUGAACUCUUAUUGUUGUUGACUGGAAGAGGGGGUAAAGAGAGAAGAAGGGAGUAUAUGUUCUUUUUGGUAAAAAUAAUCUCAAAUAUUUAUGAACCUGCUUUAAAGUGAAUAACUAUUCAAUCAAUACUUGUCUAGAAUAGUAUACUAUAUAGCGCUUAGAGACAUUUCUUAAAAUGUUCUUGUGAUGUAUGCAAUCAAUCAAUCCAGUAAGUACCCAAAUGUGACAUCAAAUUUUACUUUUCUAAUGUGUCAAAUAGAAUUUCUGCCUGCAAAAUUUUGAUUUUUCUAUACUCGACUUGAUAAACUGACGCUGAAGUAGGAUCAUCCUUGAUCACCGUUCUCUGUCUUUAUCAUUUUCAGUGAUACUUUUGUAUUUAUUCUAACUAAUCCGAGGGUUGCAGUUAAAAUCAUCUGGGGUGCUUACUAUCCCAAAGGUUGUCCUGAGUACAGAAAAGCUAUCAGAUGAACUAAUAGUUGAUACUUGGCAUAAGCUGACGAGAGAACUUCAGUGUAGCACUCUCUGUGUCAAGCCAGCUCGAGAUGGAUGCUCCACUGGAGUGGCCAGGCUAUGGUGUGAUGAACACUCCAUCCAGUUUAUGUUCUGUAUCCUAUGCUGAUUAUGCUACCAUUUUCUAGUUUUAAUGAUGUCGUUUUUGUAGCUCUGCUGAGGAUCUCUCUGUGUAUGCAAAGGCAGUUACUGGUCAUCUUUUGCGGCUUCCGGCUAAUAGUCUGUCGAAGGUCAGAUGCCUUAGACGACCCCCUAGAGAGCCUAUUUUAUUACUUAUUGGAUAUCAUCUUCUUCCAUAGACUACCUGCUAACCUGCAUCUUCGGUUUCAGUUCUUCAAUAGGAACGAGUUUGUGUGAAUAAUCGACUACCCAAUUCUUUUAAGAAAACAUGUGUAGAACUGUUGCCUUUUUGCAUUUGUCUGUGUAUGGGAUAGUAUCCUGAGAAGCUGAAGUCUUCUUAAGCGGCGAAGCAUUGCUUUCUUUUUGAUUCAUUAUUGGCUUUACUAUAUGCACGAUUUGAUGUUUUAUUUUAUCACUCCUUAGACUGUUUUGCUGUCUUAUUGCUUAAUCGGAUUCUGAUGUUAUUCGAGUAGGCACAUGGAGUAAUUGAAAUGCCCAGCCCUCCUCCAAAGACAUUUAUUCUCGAACCCUUUGUUGAAACGGAUGAAAUACAUUUUUCGUGUGAGGGUGGUGAUUCACAACAACUUAUUUGGAAAGGAGAGAGUGAAUGGGUUGAGGUUACAGUUGGUAUCAUGGGCAAGCUAGGAGAGGUACACUCCUUCAAUCCUAGCAUUACAGUUAAGGAAACCAGUGACAUCUUGUCACUCGAGGAGAAAUUUCAAGGUAUGUUAUAUCGGUUGUUUAACCACGGUAGUCACAGUGGCUAAAUUUUCAAAUAUUAGUAUCAUUGAGUUUAUAUUGUGUAAACUUUCAAAUAUUAUAAACCAUAAUGAGCAUCAUUUGUCGCUUGUUGCUUCCUUGGCUUUGUAGAAAAGACAAUAAUCAAAGUAUUUAAUGGAUGCCAUUGCUAUUACCAAAGUUUCUGGUUUUGCUGAUUAAAAUGGUUUCAAACCCAAGAACUGAAUGCUAUGCUAAAAUGUAUGAUACUUCUGGAAAUACACUAGCGGCAUUACACUCUAAAAAGAAACUGUUGCAAUAACAGAAAAUAGAAUAAAUAGAGAAAAGGAAUAGAAUGAUUCCUUUAUUAGCUAUAUUACCACCCUAAAUAUCAUAAUGGAUCAAAUGUAAUUGAUUUUUAUUCGAUGAUGAUGAAAUGAAGAAAUAAUUUAAUACCAGACAUGUUAUUUAACCGAAAAAUAUUAUUAUGCGUAACGUGCUAAUUUGGAGAAAACAAGAGUAGAGAUAUGUUGGGAGCAAAGAGAAUUUACAGUCUAGAAGAGUGGCGGGACAAAAAGCUCAAUCAAAAUAACUUUAUCUGGAAAACAAUACUAAAUGAUUCGAAAUUGCAGGAUUCCCAAACACAGAACCUCUCACAUUUACAUCCGAUUUUCAACCGAGCUUUGUGCUUCUGAUUGGAAACUCCAUGGUUUUAGGGUUUCACACAUUGCGAGCCACUAGAAUGAUAACUUAGCCACGUGCUUGACAUUUCUAUCAUCAUGGAAGAUAAUGGGUCUUCAUUUUAUUUUCCUUUUCGUUUCACUAUCCAUCUAUUUUCUUGUUUUCCCCAUUUUAACCCCACUCCUGUGCUAGGGUAAGAAGAAAUAGAAAAGAUAUUUAAGAGAUUUGGUAGUAAAACCUUGUUUGGAGUUUUUUCCUUAACCUCUAAAAUUUUCAUUCACGCUGUCUUUUAGGUUUUGAUUUUCUUACUGGCUUAUUUAUAAAUUAUGUCAGAUCAUUGUAUUGUGUUUACGGCUGGUUGCCAUAAUCUGAGGAAAAACUGUUAGUUCGUAUGAGUAUGAUGUAAAAAUCUACCCAAAAGAAGAGCGGAAUCUACUUUUCUGCUCCAUCAAUGUGUAUUGACUUUCAUUCCUAUAGAUGCUUAGCAGGGUGGCAAUAAUGAUAAAUAAUAAUGACGAGAGGUCUCGAUCUCGAAAACAUGCCAGGUGCUUUUUAGCUGCUUAUUUCAUAAAAUCUGCCUUCUUUUUUUUUGCAUCUAUGUGAAAAUGAAGAUUUUCCAUUAAUUUAGUUGAUUUUAACAUUUAAGAGAUUUUUUUUUAACUUUAAAACAUAUAUAACAGGUGGAACUGGCAUCAAUUUGACACCACCUCCAAGGGCCAUCAUUAAGUACGUUGAUCUCAGCCUCCUCUCAUUUUAUUACUAGUAUAGCUGAGUAUUAUUUCUUGUGAAUCGUUCAAAGAGAUAAUUUCCUCAACUUUUAAAUUCUCCUUUUUCCACUUUCACGUAGAACAACUGUUGAAUCUUUCCCAGAGUGUUGGCACGUUGUUCGAAGUCACAUAUCUUGUGGUAUUAAUUUCCCAUUUAUGGCCCUGAAUUUUUGUCUUUGUCCAAAGUUUUCCUAUCUUUUGAUUGUAAAAUAAAUGGAUUCGGAUGCCUCUUAUCAUGGAAAGUAUUCUUCUGAAUACUAUCUCUGGAAUUACCGCUGCUGGGUUGCUUAAAUUAAACAUGGGAAAUUUUCGGCUUUCUAUUAUAUUAUAUCAUUUAUUUUCUUCAGAAAAUCAAAUACCGCGUAAUUUCUAAUUUCUGAGAUAAUUCAAACUUUUUUUAAGAAAUAACGGCUAAAAGAGUUGCUCGAAUGUGCUAGUUAUUUGAACAAGACAAAGGUUCAUGAUAUUUAUCGGUACAUAUCAUCAGUCAGAAGGCCUGAGUUGUCUUGGUUUUUGUUCAUGAAAGCAAAGACCUUGAAUAUAGUUGACCAUUUUUAAAAAAAUGUGUUGUUCUUUUUUGGCUGACUUUCUGCUCGGGCAAACUGUCAAUGGGUUUUGCCUUCUACCCAGUGAAGCUGCACUCCAAAGAUGUAAGCAGAGAAUCGAAAUGAUUGCGAACACUCUGAGGCUUGAGGGCAUCUCACGCAUCGAUGCAUUCGUGAAUGUGCGCACUGGGGAGGUAAUCUGACCUUUUAGAUCCCCUCUCAAGGGGGACACCGAACCAACCACCUCUCUCUCUAUCUAUCUAUCUAUCUAUCUAUCUAUCUAUCUAUCUUUGGAUCGUAUGGGCAGUCCAGAAAAUGGUUGAAGAUGGUCCUAAAGGUUUUUCCUUUUUUCUUCCAGGUCAUGGUGAUAGAAGCAAACACUGUACCUGGGAUGACCCCUUCUACAGUGUUAAUUCACCAGGUGAUGAAGAGAUCCCAUCUUGACCACAUGCUGGGCCUUCAAAUCUUUCAUCUUCCGACCGCCUAAUAGUUUCAAAAUUGUUCAGGCACUUGCAGAGGAUCCUCCGAUAUAUCCCCGCGAGUUCUUCAGAAUGAUCCUUGACUUGGGUCUACAGAGAUCCAAGCAGCUGAGCAGCCAAGGUACUGUUAAAGCUCCCGUUUGGGAGGACGCCUGA